GCAGAUGAUGACGUAACGUCCGUGACUUACAACAACAAAAGGAUGGUGCAUAAAUAUAGUUUCUAAAUAAUUUGGGGCUUUAUUACCUCACAUGAAUCGGAAUUUCAUGUAUUAUGGAAGUUGAUUUAGCUAAUUAGUGGAGAUAAUUUUCGGAAAUGAACGCAGAACCGGUCAGAAACUGAWAUCCUCAAAGAUAAAAUAUCUGCUUUCAAAAUAAUAAAAUGAUUCGAAUCGCAGCUCUAAAUGCUGCUUCGGCCGCUGCAGAUGAAUCUCAGGACCCAUUGAGAAGUAACAAGAGUCAGACAAAAGAGGCCCAAGAAGCUGAGGCCUUUGCUUUGUAUCACAAAGCUCUGGAUCUUCAAAAACACGACAAGUUUGAAGAGUCUGCYAAGGCUUAUCAUGAGCUGCUCAAAACUCCACUGCUCAAAGAGGCCAUGCCCUCAGAAGAUCAGAGAGUUGGUCUCAAACAUCCUGGUCUCAUGCUGAAAUAUUCAACUUUUAAAAACUUGGCCAGCAUGUCUGCGUCGCGUGACGACUUGGACACUGCGAUGGAGUUUUAUUUGGAGGCGGUCAUGUUGGACUCCACUGAUGUGAACUUGUGGUAUAAAAUUGGUCAGGUGGCUGUACGGUUGGUGCGCAUCCCUCUUGCUCGUCACGCUUUUGAAGAGGGAUUGCACUGCAACCCGGACCACUGGCCAUGCCUGGACAACCUCAUAACUAUUCUGUACACACUCAGCGACUACACAUGCUGUUUGUACUUUAUAGCCAAAGCCCUGGAAAAGGACCACCUUUACACUAAAGGCCUGGUGUUGAAGGAGAAAAUCUUCGAAGAACAGCCCUGUUUGAAGAAAGAUACGAUGCAGAUGUUCACAAAAUGCGAUAUGUCGAUUCAUUAUGUGGAAGUGGAGGAAGAGGAGCGCAGGUCUGUUGUGGAGGAGGCUCUGGAGAUAAAGCGGCGUAGGCAGGCUCUCUCUCAGUGUGAACCCAAACCCGACCUUGUUCUGGUUGAGCCGAUYCGCCGCCUCUCAUGGAAGCAUGUAGGAGAAAGUUUUCUUGCGAUGUACAAACAUCAGACCACGUGCGAGCCGCCGCGACCAAGUCUGGGCCGCAGAAUCGACUUGUCAGAGUACCGCGACCCCAGCUUCCUUCAGAACCUCCCCCAACUGAGCAGCCCGGUCAGCACGGGUCAGCCCUUUAUGCUGAGCAGCCCCAGUUCAUCGCUGCCACCUGUAACCUUUUCUGAGUUUGCAGCGCUGCCUCCGUCUGCUUCUCAACCGCAAAUUAUAGCGAGCCAGACCACCGUGGAGGUCACUACUUCCGCUCCCCCGGCUGCUACAGGAAUGGAGAUUUCUUUGACGGAUAAGGUGAAGAAAGCUCCGAAAAGGAAACGCACGGUGGAGGAAAGUGGGGAGACGGCCAAGCGUCGCUCAGCACGCGUUCGAAACACAAAAUGCAAGAAGGAGGAGAAGAUCGACUUCCAGGAGCUGCUUUUUAAAUACCUACCUCCUAGGCUGAAGAAGUUUGAUCCUGAUAAUGAUGAUGAGAGCCUGGGCAAUCAGGAGACACAGUGUGACGGGAAAGAAGAUGUUCAGCCUCUACAUGGGAGUUGUUUACUACUUGACACAGUUGAAUACAUGGAAUCUGAGCAACAGGAUGUCCAGAGCUUCUUGCUCAAUAAUAUGACCAAUGGGGGUAUACUGGAUCUGAUGAUGCGCUACCUGAAAGCAGUUGGUCAGAGGUUUCUGAAAGAGUGGCCUCGAGGGCUGACGGCUGUGGUGUUGGAGGUCUAUCAGACCUGGAGGAAGCACAGCGGCGGUCUGCCUAACCCUCUGCUAAGAGACUGCAGCAACCAACACAUCCGGGAAAUGUUGACAAUGAGCUUGGCCUGCAUGGAGCUGCAGUUGGAACAGUGGUUGCACAACAAAGGCAAGAUCGUUUCUCUGAGAAGAAGCUUAGGGGGUCCGAGCAGUGAUGCAGCGGACUCAGAGUUCCCUGGACAACACUUCCAGAGUGAUCAGUUAAUCGUGGCCCUCGGUUCUUCACAGAGAGAUCUGUUUGAGGACGACUGGUUGGAUGUCAUGGUACGCGUCCACUGGCUAAAGGCACGAUUCUUGGCUCUGCAGGGAGACAUGGAAUUGGCCCUUGAGAGCUACGAUGUGUGUAUAGGCCUGUUGCAGAGCAAACCAAGAACCCCUGACGGGAAACAUUACACAAUCAACCUGCCUAACCUGCGUGUAGAUGCAGCCAUUUCUGUGGAGGAGAUUGAUAAGCGAUUGAAGUCGCUGGAACGUUGUCAGUCUUUAGAGGAGAUCCAGCGUCUCUUUGAGUCUGCAGACUUUCAGUCUGUUGUGCGCCUGCUUCAGCCAACUCUUAAUUAUGGCAACAGGAGCAAAUCCCUGGAGUUUGUGAGCUCAGCACCGGAGCGCCCGGCACAGCUGAUGCUACUGCAGAACUCCCUGUUGAAGCUGCAGGACCACCAGCAGUGUUUGGAGUGCAGCGAGCUGGCUCUGAACGAAGCCCUGCAGCAGCUGAACUCUGCUCCAAACGGCUCGUCCCCGAGCAAGGAGGAGUGGGUCAGCACCAUCGGAAAGCUGCUGGACGGCAUCGAAGUUUGUUUCACCAAGGAGUCUCAGCUUCUCAGCAACGUCUCUCACUUCUCGAGCGUGGCUCGACUGGCAAACAACCUGAUUCAGCUUAUAGACCUCAGCAUGAGUACUUCAGAUGAUCCCAAGGAGCCUUAUUUCUUCUCAGUUCUUCCUUGGGUUAUCUUGUAUCGCAUCAUCAAACAGGAGGAGGCUGCYUUUGGCUGCACGCUUCGACAGCAGAUGUCUUUAGAUGACGAUGAAGACGAGCCAGACACUUCCAUGCUUCCCUCCUCCCUGAUGAUUUUGAAUACAGCACACGAGUAUCUCGGCCGUCGUUCUAUAUGCUGCAGCUCCGACGGCGCCCUYCUCAAGUUCUUUAUUGGCGUUUUGGAAAAAGAGUUUGCUGCUAUAACCAACAAUGACUCUCAUCCAUAUAAAGAAGAGUUGGAAAUGGCCUUGGAGCAAUGUUUUUUCUGUUUAUAUGCCUACCCCAGUAAGAAGAGCAAGGCCCGUUACCUUGAGGACCACUCAUCUCCGCAGGUGGAGCUGCUGUGGAGCGAUGCCCUCUUCAUGUUCCGGUACUUCAAACCCAAGUCGCUGCCCGAGUUCGACAGUUAUAAGACGAGCACAGUGUCUGCAGAACUGGCCAACCUGCUCAGGAGGUUUUCCACCAUCGCCCCCGCUAGUGACACACCCGUCCUCACUAUGGAUGAAGUGGCGGCCUACAUCGAGGGCGUGGCAGAAAAGGCCCCUGGCCUUCCUGCGGACAGUGCCCCCCCACCUCCAAUCAUCAAUGAGAUUUACUACCUGCUGGCUGAUUAUCAUUUCAAGAACAAGGAGCAGUCCAAAGCCAUCAAGUUCUACAUGCAUGACAUAUGCGUGUGUCCCAACAGGUUUGACUCCUGGGCAGGUAUGGCUUUAGCUAGAGCCAGUCGCAUCCAGGAAAAGCUCAAUUCCAACGAGCUGAAAAGCGACGGUCCCAUAUGGAAGCACUCCCAGGCCGUGCUCAACUGCUUUAAGAGAGCCCUGGAAAUCGACAGCUCCAACCUGUCGCUGUGGAUCGAGUACGGGACCAUAUCGUACGCGCUGCACUCGUUUGCCUCGCGACAGCUUAAACAGUGGCGAAACGAGCUCCCMCCAGAUGUGAUUAAACAGAUGGAGGAAAGGAGAGACUCCAUGUUGGAGACGGCUUUUCAGUGUUUCCAGGGUGCCUCUCGAUGUGAGGGUGACAGUGAUGAAGAGGAGUGGCUUAUUCACUACAUGCUGGCYAAGAUAGCAGAGAAGCGCAGAAAGCUCCCUGCUGAUUAUCUGCAGCUGUACAAACAGGCAGCACACUUUCUACAUGAAGAAGCAGCCAGGUAUCCCCGGAAAAUUCACUACCAUAACCCUCCUGACCUGGCUAUGGAAGCCCUGGAGUUGCAUUUCCGUUUGAGUGCCACCAUCCUUAAGUUACUGGAAUCUUUUGAAUCUGAUCUGGACCACGAGCUCCUGUUUAAUUUGCUGGUUGAGGCAGCGACCGGGCCGUUCGCGAGGGGGGAGGAGAAGAAUAUGCCAAGCAUGCCAAGGUCAAAUGAAAAGGAGAAGCCCUCCUCAAUGAUGGAAGAAGACUUUAACUGUUCCUCCGGGAACGUCCUCAGCUCCUCCCUCCCAUCUGCCGCCACCCCAGGUCUGACUUCCCCUCCUUACGUGGCCACGCCGUUUGACCACGAUUACGCCAAACGCAAAACACUCCGAAGGCAGCAGUGGCAGCAGCAGCGGCAUGAGGAGCAGCAGGCUGAUGCCUCACCAGGGUUUGACCAUGAUUACUGCCUGCCCAGGUCUGCAAAGUGGCUGGCUUCUCUCAAUGAGCGAAGUCAGGACAGCGAGGUGGUGUUGCUUUCUGACUCCAACUCCACCCAGGAUGCCUUCACAGAUCCCACCAACUCACAAGACAUGAGCCACAAACCUGCCUCAGUCAAAGCCAGUCCAUCGUCCUCAGAGAACACCACCCCUGUGAAGGACGGGCAGCUCACAGCUGAGGACACAGUCUUGCAUAGAGACCCUCCAGGCAUCCAGACGGAAGAGAAAGUUAUGCAGGGAAAAGUAGAACCCAUGUUGGUGGUGGUGGUGGUAGACCCCGAAGCCUCUGUCCCUAAAGCCUCCACAGAGCCCUGUCUGACUCCUCUUGCCAUCCCAGCCACCCCACCCAAAGCAGCCCCCUCGCAGCAGKCCGCCGCUCAGACCCCAGUCAAUGAGAGCAAGAAGAAGCCCGAGCCCCCCGCCGAGGUGAUCGAAGUGCCCAAAGCCCUGCCUGCGGAACGAGCKGAUCAGAGGCGACUGCUGGUGGAAAUGUGCAUCCGCGCUCUCUUCCUCUGCCUCAGCCGCUUCCCUCAGCACUACAAGAGUCUCUACCGCCUGGCCUACUUCUACACGAACAGCAAAACGCAUCAGAACCUACAGUGGGCCAGAGAUGUGUUGCUAGGAAGCAGUGUCCCAUGGCAACAGCUGAAGCACAUGCCAGCACAAGGACUUUUUUGUGAAAGAAACAAGACAAACCUGUUCAACGGCAUCUGGCGUAUUCCAGUAGAUGAGAUUGAUCGCCCGGGAAGUUUUGCGUCUCAUAUGAACCGAUCUGUUGUCCUCUUGCUGGAAGUGCUGUCUCAGCUUAAGGAUCACAAUACCCUACUGAAAGUCUCGUUCAUGCUGCACAGAAACCCUGACCAGGGAAAGAAGUAUUUACGGGAUGUCGACCGCCAGGUUCUGGCCAAGAGAGCAUUUUUCCUAACUGUAAAAGUCCUGGAGGACAAUCUGAACAGUCUCACAAGGGUGUCGGAGCAGCUUCACAAAGYGCCUGCACCCUCCAUGGGGGAGAUGACCACAGCAGACACGUCCAACAGGCCCAGCUCUGAGGACAGCAAACAGCCACUGCAUAAAAAGCCCGCACUCUCAGAGGGAGCCUCAGACUCUGGGCCCAGAGAGCCCUCCCAGGUUCAGCUCACCCAAACACCACUGACAACAGAUAAAGGGAGUAAAGUUCAGGAGGGCUUUCCUGGGAAGGUGGAGGCUGCUGGGAAUGAAGGGAACAAAGCAGGGCCAGAGGAACCCAUGGAGACGGACACUAGCCUGUGCAGGAAGUCCUCUACCGCAACCGAUUCUCAGGGCAACCAAACGGAGAUCGAGACCCCCGUGAGCAGUUCUGACUCCCAGCAGAAGGUGACUGAAGUCAUCCGGACACCAGAGCUGUCUCUAGAGGAGCUGAGCAUCAGUUCAAGACAGCAGCAGCUUCCAGUCUCGGCACAAAAAGUCACAGUGGCAGCCGGUGGAACUGAUCCGGGGUUACUACGAAAACCAAACAGGAAAAGGAAACUUCUAGAGGAUGUGGAGUCUGGAAAAACCCUGCUGCUUGACGCCUACAGAGUGUGGCAGCAAGGCCAGAAAAUCAUGACCUACGACCUGGGGCGCAUUGAGAAGAUCAUGUCAGAGACAUACAUGCUCAUAAAACAGGUUGAUGAAGAUGUAGCUUUGGACCAGGCAGUGAAGUUCUGCCAGAUCCAGUUGGCAACCUCAGCACAAAGACAGCAGUCAGCAGGCGAUGCCCCGACCACACCCAAGUACAGCAAGGAGCACCGAGACCUCUUCUUCCCCGCCUCCCUGCCGACCCCCGUCCUGCUCAGCCACUCCACCUGCCACCCGCUGCCGACCCAGGACGCCCAGGCCAAAUCGGCGUGUGAGGCCCUGAGCAGAAUGUCCCGGCCUCAGAGCUCAGGCUUCCACGAUCAGCCGCAGCACAAACGAGCAGCCGUGGCCUUCCUGCCACACUCAGAGGAGCGGGGGGAGCCCUCAGAGGGGCUUCUGUACCGUCAACAGGAGUCACACCUCUGUCAGCAGAUGAAACUGGCCUCUGUCUCCCAGGGGCAGGAACCGCCGGCAGCCGGAUGGUUCCAGGAGGAGACGGCGACAUGUAGCACCACGCAGCCUGGUCCAGACCAGCAGCAGUACGCCAGCAGCGACCUGUCGAAGCUUCCAGACCCCGGCAGAAUCCGCUCCAGAGUCCCAGCCAACAUGCCAAAGCUCUUCAUCCCUUCCACCGUCACCAAGUUCCCCCCAGAGAUCACGGUAACGCCUCCGACGCCCACACUUCUCUCCCCGAAAGGCAGCAUCUCUGAGGAAACCAAACAGAGGCUGAAGAACGUCAUCCUCUCCUCUCAGUCUGCUGCCACAGUUAAAAAGGACACGCUGAGCCAGCCGGCGCUGGAGGUGCAGGAGACGUCCAGCCAGGAGUCGUCUCUGGAGAGCGAGUCUGACGAGGAGGACGAUUACAUGGACAUCUGAGCCUCGUGUGCUCGCUCCGACUGAACUCUGCCAAACCUCAUCAGGCUGAUGUUUUUUUUUUAUUUUUAGUAAAGGGAUUGUUUAUUUCUGUGCAGCUACCUGUUGAUGUUUCUGUUCUCUCACAUCAUAAAAAUGUGGAAACCUGCAGUGUUUUUAUCAGCUGUCUGGUGCAUGAAGACCCACAGCAUGUGUGAAGUGAAGCCAUUUAUGCAUCAGCUUCUCCAGCUCAUCUGCUUUAACCGGAUCUGGCAACAACAAAAGAAACUUUGCCUUUAAAGCCCACCAGCGACAUGUUUAUGCAUCUUUUCUACGUCAUGUGCUAACUAUCUGAGUCGCUYGUCUGGAGCUCGCCAGUCUGAGGUGCCUCGGUGUGUAUCGGCACUCGGCAGCGUGCACCUCCUGUCCUCUGCUCAAACUCCGGCGGGAGAUUCUUCUCUCGUCUCACCGGUACGGGACCUAACGAGAUGUAGACAGAGGGCUGCAGCCGAGGUUCGUCUGCAGAGCUAAAGAGCUACAACGCCUCAUGACCCGUAGCAGUUUGCAAAAUGUUUACACUCUACCUGGAUGAUUUUCAGUUGGUGGUAUUUUUGUACUGACCGUAUCUCUUGUAUAAAGCUGUAUAUUCAUUUCUGUGCAUUUGUAGCUACAGCGACAGUUCUUUGGCCAGGAGGACGUCCCGUCACCAGCACUGAUCUGAGUAUUCCAGCCUGUUAGUUAGCUUUUGUACAUAUCACAAUCCAAAAAUCUUUCCAGGAUGUUUGGCUUUUAUUUUUUAUUUUUUGGGUUGAGUUUUUAAGGUUUGAGCUUGUGUGAGCGAGUUUAACAUUUAGGAUGAGGGUCACUUGAUGAUGAUGAGGAGGAGGAGGAGGAGCAGGACUUCCUAUAACUGAUGCCUUUCCAUUAAACUCAUUUAAUUCAACUUGUCAGUUUUUAUUAACUCAGAGGAAGACACACGCAAUGUUUUUUACAGAUUGUUUUCUAUAAAAAGGAAGAUUUACUCGUUCCUAAAAAACAUAAAAAAUUAAUAAAAAAAAUCAAAGAAAUGAAAAUAUAACACUCCAAAUUAAAAAGACAAAAAAAUGUUGUAUUUUAUUUCUUGGUUGUUUAUCUUUAGGGGGUGUUGAGGUUUUGUGUGCUCACUGCUGGAGUGGAUCAUGUUCUCUGAGUCUGGACUGAAUGUGUUUUAGAUGUCAAACCAAAUCUAUAAAUAUAUUUGAGAAACA